UAGAAAAAGAAAGAGUAUUAUCAUCGUUCUCGUAUCUCAAUAUGAUACAACAACAAUGAGUCCUCCAUAUUCUCGACCACCAUGUUCACCCUAUUAUCCAUACUAUUCUCCUCCACCACAAAACCCUUUCCACCACCUCCACCACCACCUUCAAACUGUAACACGACCAAACCUCCAACUCCCAUUUCCUGUAACUGUUCAGGCCUUCCCAAUCCUCCUAUUGUUCCUCCUUCCCCUUCUCCAAUCACAUCCUACUUUCGAACAACAACGUGGUUGGAGCAAGAUAAAUGCGUUCUUCGACCAUUUUCUUGUCGGUUUAGUUGACCGUUCGUCAUUUCCUUUUGGUUAUUUCCUUUGGAUGCAACGUCGAACAUCGCAGAAGGUGGAAUUGCGAAGAACAUACCGGGAAAAAUGUCAAACAACCAAUCACAUUUGAAGAGGUAUGUCAGAAUUGGAUCAAGA